AUGAGGGUCCGAAACCUGUUCAGGUGUAUAAAGGACCAAAAUUUGUUGCAUACCGAAAGUUUGUCUAAAUAUAACAAGGAGGAAUUUAUAUAUGUGGAUGCUGGCUGGUUUUUCAAGGACAUUGAGGGGCUUGUUGAUCCUUCCAUAGAUAUUAUGGAGUGUUAUUCAUCAUGCAUACCCAUAAAGAUUAACCAAAUGCUCGGAAAGUUGGACUACUAUGGUAUUAAGGCAGUAUUUGUUUUUCCAGGGCUACCAUAUAAACAUAACAUGAAUCUCUUGGCUGGAAUUAAUCUAUCUCGAGUCAACAUCUAUGAGCAUAUGACCAACCCAGAAGUGAAAUUCAAUUCAUAUUAUGAUUUGGACCCAAAUAUACUAUUUUUGGUAUACAAUUAUUUAAAAUCUGCCAAACGAUAUGUAGUCCAGGCGCCAUAUUUGGCUCUAGCUCAGAUAUCACAUUUUAACAAGAAAGGCCUGUGUAAUAUAGCUAUUUCUUCACCAUCACUUCUCCUUUUUGGUGUAAAAACGGUUUUUACUGACGUAGAUCUUGGUAAUGGGAUGUGCUCUGUGGCGUAUUUGCCUGAAAUACUAGCAAAAUUUGGUGUGACAUUUGACCAGUUUGUCAAUGCAGCCAUACUCUCCGGUACUGAAUAUUCAUUUACACUCGAGUCGCUCAAUAAAAGCAACUUCUCAUUUAUGGAUGCCAUUGAGCUAGUAAAAAGAGAAUCUUUUGAAGAUCUGAUCAAAGCGGAAUCUGCUAAACAAUUUGAUAUUGCCAAUAAAAUAGUUGUCAAUUCGUUGGUGUUUGACAAAGGGAUUAAGACAAUUCCGUGCAAUUCCAAUUUGGAUUUUAGUGUUUAUGCAAAAUUAGUAGGGCCUAAAUUGCCAGAUUCGAUAUAUAACAUGUUAUAUUGUGGACUUAUAUCUCCGAACCUUUUGUAUACGUUGUGCAGUGGCUAUUGGAUGGAAUUGCCCGAUCCACACGUUAAAACGGAGGAGUACAGGGAGCUAUUGGAAGAUUUGCGGGAUUUACACCUUAGAUGUAUUGAAAUUAUUGCAUCAAAGUUGCCCGAUUUUUUCACCACGCGUGAGUACAACUUCGUAAAGGUUGCAGAUAACCAAUGGAACAAGUAUUCCAUCAAAAGGACUCUAACAAAUGGUACCAGGGGUAAAUUUGUUAGAAUAACUGCUGCCGAUGUUAUCAAUGAAAUGGCACGACAAAAGGUCGAUAAAGUGUCACUCCUCCUCUGUUUAAAAUGGCAUCUGCAUUCUAUUAAUUCCAAUUGUCCAUUGAUUUUUGACCAAGAAAAGAUCGAUAAAAGCUUGCACGAUGAAAAUAGCCUGAGCUGCAUUGUGUUAUUUAUGUUUCUGGACAAUUUAGGUUAUUUCACAAUUGAGGGGGGGGCUACAUUAUACGGUUUGGCAUUGUCAAAGACCGCCGAUGAGUUCCAAAUAAGUACCUUAAUAACACUGGAAAUGCUCAAAUAUGGCAUACUCACUAGUGAACAAUUGAAAACCAUAGAUGCUGUAUCAGAGUCUACUUCAGUUAAAUUGUUGUGCCGAUUAGCAUCGUUGCAUCCCAUUCAGCUCAAGGGUAGAUGGGGAUUAAAGCCACAUCUCGAACUAUCUGCAUUUAAUUCGCUUGUUAAGCUAAUAACAAGUGCUAUGUGCACCCUUUUUGAUGCUUGUAUCGCAAAUGUCACAAUAGAUUCAAAUAUUCCUCUCACAAAAAUUAUACAUAUCAAGGAGGAAUUAUGCUCAACGGCCUCAUUAAUGGGUGUUGUAUUCAAGUAUUUUUUGGAAUAUAAGUCUGGUAAAGGGAAUAAGAAAGGUGGCAAUUUGUCUCCAAUGGUAUCAGUUAUGGAACAAUCAGAGCUGGAACAAUCCCUAAUUGGUUACUUUCCAUCUUUACUGCAACCUCUGGAAGCAAUUAAAAGUGCCUCUAAGAUGAUUAUUUCACUUCAUGGUUUAAUAGCUGAAGUGGGAAAUAAAGCAGAUUCGGCAGCACUAGUAAACGAGCUCUCUAUGGCAAAAAAGUUCAUGAUCUUUCAAAUGCAAAGAUACGCAUUGGAUGUUGAGUAA